AAUUCUGCCACAGAGGCUGGUCUGACGGAAGUCAAUGCUACAGUGAUCAAAGGACAGCAGUUCAUAGAGUCGGCAAAAAUGGAAGGAAGUGACGCUGUUUCUUCUGCCACAGAGGCUGGUCUGAUGGAAGUCAAUGCUACAGUGAUCAAAGGACAGCAGGUCAUAGAGUCUGUCUAUAUGAAAGGACGUGACGCUGUUACUUCUGCCACAGAGGCUGGUCUGACGGAAGUCAAUGUUACAGUGAUCAAGGGACAGCAGGUCAUAGAGUCUGUCUAUAUGGAAGGACGUGACGAGGUUACUUCUGCCACAGAGGCCGGUCUGACGGACGUCAAUGCUACUGUGAUCCAGGGACAGCAGGAUAUAGAGUCAGCCACAAUGGAAGGACGUGACAAGGUUACUUCUGCCACAGAGGCCGGUGUGACGGAGGUCAAUGUUACAGUGAUCAAAGGACUGCAGGUCAUAGAGUCGGCAACAAUUGGUGGAUGUGACGCUGUUACCUUUGCCACAGAGGCUGGUCUGACGGAAGUCUAUGCUACAGUGAUCAAAGGACAGCAGGUCAUAGAGUCGACCACAAUAGAAGGAAGUGACGCUGUUACUUCUUCCACAGAGGCUGGUCUGACGGAAGUCAAUGCUACAGUAAUCCAGGGACAGCAAGAUAUAGAGUUUGCCACAAUAGAAGGAAGUGACGCUAUUUCUUCUGCCACUGAGGCUGGUCUGACGGAAGUCAAUGGUAAAGUGAUCCAGGGACAGCAGGAUAUAGAGUCUGUCGCAAUAGAAGGACGUGAGGCGGUUACUUCUGCCACAGGGGCCGGUGUGACCGAAGUCAAUGCUACAGUGAUCAAAGGACAGCAGGUCAUAGAGUUGGCAACAAUGGAUGGAUGUGACGCUGUUACUUUUGCCACAGGAGCUGGUGUGACGGAAGUCAAUGCUACAGUGAUAAAAGGACAGAAUUUCAUAGAGUCAGCCACAAUUGAAGUUCGUGACGAUAUUAAUUUUGCAACAGAGGCUGGUGUAAAGGAGGUCAUAGCUACAAUGAUCAAAGGUAAAGAUGUCAUAGAGUUGGCCACAAUAGAAGGAUGUGAUGCGGUUACUUCUGCAACAGAGGCUGCUGUGACGGAAGUCAAUGUUACAGUGAUCCAGGGACAGCAGGAUAUAGAGUCAGCAACAAUGAAAGGACUGGACGCUGUUACUUUUGCAACUUUGGUUGGUGUCAACGAAAUUAAUUUACAAACCAAAACACAUCUAAGUAAAAUACAAUCAAUUUGCGCCAAGGAAAGAGAGGAUCUAAUAGGCAUCAAGACACAAACGGAUGUCGAGGAUUUUGCUCUUCAAUGCAACGAUCUUCUCAGACGAUUGAUUGAGCAUUACCGUGACAGUGUUAUCUGCGUACCCCUGUCCACAUUGAACCCCAGUCUCGAUAUACGGGUACAAGACAUCUAUGCCACUCCAAAAAUACACAGGAUGAAAAUUGAAAAAGAUGGUAAACACGUCAAACAAGAACAAAUAUACAAAUAUAAAGAUUGCUUUUGCGGAGGUGCUAGACGUUUAUAUUUGCAAGGUGAGCCAGGGAGCGGAAAAUCGUAUUUUGCUGCCAAAUUAAUUCACGAUUGGUGUAAUGUUUAUGCGCUGAUCGCGAAAUCUACAAAAGAACAAAUGAUGUUUGGUGACGUUGAUACCCUUCAGAAAUUCAGGUUUCUGUUUUUCAUCUCGUUGCGCGAAUCGAGAGAACAGACACAUGUAACGCAGAUGAUAAAAACCCAGCUCAUUCACAAAAUCUACGCGGAAAAUAAAUGGGAGAGUGCGUACGAACUGGUCUUAAAAAUUAUGGAAAAUGUGAUGUAUCUUGUCGUUCAAGACGGUCUGGAUGAGUGGCCUGGUAAACAUGCUGUACCUUCUAUGGAUGGAAUUCCUAAGGACCAUUGUAUUAUGCUCACAACUUCUCGACCAUGGAAACUCGCUGAUGAACGUAUCAAGAAUUCUCAAAUAGACAUUCUUUUAGAAGUUGAAGGCAUUAGCGAUCCUAGAGAAUUAAAUGAAAAGAUACUACGAUGCCUACUUGACGAAUCAACUGAUAUCCAAACAAGCUUGUUGGAGUUUGAAUGCUUCCUCUUUACACGUAACCUUGAGUGGCUAUCAUCUUCGCCUAUGCUGAACACUCUCGCCCUUUGUACCUGGGUAGAAGAUAGAGCUGAGCGUCUCACCGGAUCGUCACUGUGUGAACUGUACACUACCAUGCUUGAAAAUCUGUGUAAAAAAGCUAACCCACAAAAAAGUUAUUUCGAUCGAAAUCACCCAUCACCAGUAAACUGCUUUUCUCGCACGAUGUAUAUUAAACCAAACCUGAAACAUAUAGAUGCCAUAGCCAAAGCAGCGUUCUCAUUUUUGUUUUCAAAUGAUAAAGAAUCAUCACUAGUAUUCAGCGACAUACACUUGAUGGCUCAUUUGCCUGAAACUGCAAAGCAGUUCGCACUAGAUUCAGGAUUAUUAUCUAAAAGAAAAGGUAAAAAAUGUACUGAUCAGACAUUGUCGUUUGUCCAUAAAACCAUCCAGGAAUUCCUAACUGCUUUUCAUAUACAUAGAAAUGCAGACGUAAUUCAUGACGUCAUUUCCGGAUAUUUCAAACGUCAUGACAAUUCAUAUCGUGAUAUAUCUCAAAUGUUUAUAUUCCUGUGUGGCUUCAACAUCUCGGCAGCGAAUAAACUAUCUGCUCUGAUUAAUGAGCAUGACGUCUAUAGCGAUUAUGACCAUUAUUUCCAUAAAUGUAUCAUCUCUGGUUAUAAGGAGGCUGUAGCCAACAAGAACACUCCAAUACAUCUACAUCUGAGUCACUUUUACUUCGACAAUAAAAAUGCCGAAGAUUUAAUCCAGAUCUGGACACUGAACACUCCACGUGCUCGAUCUUUAAGGGUUGGCUUUUGUUCAAACAGACAUUUAACAGUACGUUCAAAAGACGCCGUCUUCAGAUUGUCAUGGACCUGGGCCUGUUGCUUAUCUGCGCGUAAGGAUCCUCGGCCAUCUACACUAGACGAUGAGGAAGGAGUCAGAUCGUCUACAUCUUGUAUCGAGUUCGACUUGUCAUCGUGUCACAACCUCGAAGUUCUUUUUCUCAAUGGGAAUAUAACCGUGCUACCAAAUGCACUGGUGGGUCUGAAGAAGUUGAAAAAUCUCGAAAUGACUUGUAAUGUUGAAGCACUUGACUUGUCUGAUUGUAAAAAUUUAGAAACAAUUUAUCUCCGGUGUGAAUUAUCUUUAUUACCAAAUGCACUGGUAGGUCUGAAGAAGUUGAAACAUCUCACAAUGACUUGUAAAUGUGAAGCGCUUGACUUAUCACAUUUUCAACACAUAGAAUCUAUUGAAAUAUACGAUGGAGUAACUCUAUUACCACUCUCUUUUAAUAAUUAUAAGACUCUUCAAUGUAUCACACUACUAACAACAUAUGACGGACUUGAUUUGUCACUGUUUGAAAAUUUAAAGUCGAUAGCAAUCAGCAAUAAAGUGAAAGUGUUACCUAAACAACAACUUAUACAUAACAAACUUACUCUCAUUGAUUUGCGUGAUUUUGAUUUCAACCGUGUUGACCAUACAGCCAUUCAUACAUGGUGUCUACUAAACGGUGCCGAUCCGUUCCAAUGUGCAGACUAUACUCCAGUUCAGCCCUCCAUAACAGACAUUAAAUUUUGUCAAGUCACAUGUUCCUCUACCUGGCUACGCAAUCUGUUAAGCACGAUGUUGACAAUCGAUCAUAAGGUGGAGUGUAGCCUUAAUUACUGUAAACUAACUUCACUCGAUCAUGAGAUUAAUAGUACGCUGCGGGGCAGUACUAACAUGUCUUCGUGUGAGGAGGAUGCAGCCAGCGAGUCAUAUACACGUACAACAUCAUUAAUAACAACGCAUUUAAACAAUACAUGUACAUUCGACAUCGCUCAUGAGUCUCCUUGUCUUUGGGAGACCCUGCAUGGUCUGAAUAUAAAAAAUCUGAGUCUGCAGGGUAGGAAUGGAUGUUUGAACGUGCAUUCUGUAUCGUCACUGGCACAAUCACUAACAUCCCUCCCACAGCUGGAAACGCUUACAAUGUAUUUAUCUGUAUAUAUCGACCUACAGCUUCCCCCAUCUCUGAAAAACUUGACUGCCUGUUAUAAUAUAUUGUCUCCAUCAGAUCUUCGCCACCUGGGGAACAAACUGUGUGCAUUGACUCAAUCGGUUGAUUGUAGGUUGGAAUUUGGUUGUGGUAACAAAAUAUCAAAAUACACGGUAAAUAACAUUCAACUAGAGGAAUACAUUCCCAUCCAACAGGAACUCAAAGCUCUGGAGAAUGUUGAAGUGAAACGAUUUAGAAUAUAUGACCGGAAACCUAACACCUAUAAAUGGUCUAAUGAUGCAUGGUCUGUACGUGACAGUGUUGUUGAUGAUGAUGAUAACAAUGAUGAUAUUGGUGAAGAUGAGCUUUUUAAAUGUAUAUUGGCUCGGAUACCAAGCUAUUUCUGGUCAACUGCGUUAAAGAUCCAGAUCCAUGAACAAAUGAAGUAAUACAUGCGAUUAAAUGACAUCAAUUUCAUAUUAAUUUAUACUAUGUUGCACAUUUUCCGAACAGUAUAAUAAACUGCAAAUACAUUGCGUGCAUACUUGACUGAUAACGAGUCCGAAAUGUGUAUUUAAAUCUGUUGAAGAGGUUAAUAGUGUAUAGUUGUGAAUGAUUCCCAUGUGAAUACGAUGACUUAAUGCCAUUUCUUAUUGUUAAUGUAGUUCUGAUAAGUAUGAUAAUCUGAUGCAAAAGUAAGUUCAGCAGAGUAAUUUUACAUGUUUUUGAUGAUGAUGAGGUUGAUUUUGAUGAUAAUUUUAAGAGCGGAAGGAUAAUCAUGAUAAAUGACGACGUUCGUGCACAUGAUUUGACAAGAAUACCGUAAACGACGACAACGACGGUGCUGUUUUUCUUGAAGCUACUGUAAAUGAUUACGAUGAUGAUGAUAGUGAUGAUGAAGAUAAUGACCAUGAUCAUUAUUAUAAAUAAUAGGGGCGAUUAUGAAUUGAUGAUGAAUAUUAUUAUUAUGUCGUUGGUGGUGGUGGUGGUGGUGGUGGUGGUGGUGGCGGUGAUGAUGAUUAUUGUUACUUUUAUUAUCAUUAUUAUUACUAUUGUCCAGUCUUGAUGCUUAAGCGAAUUACCGCCAAGUAACUUUUAGAAUUUUCGUUUGUAAACUGUUACCAGAUUGGUUGUCAAUAUUCAAGCAUCCAAGUGAGACUGACAAAUAAUUUGUAAAAGAAAAUGAAAAUAAGUGACUCAGACAAAUGUACUUUCUGUAAAACACAAACAGAAACUUUUGUUUAUUUAUUUUGGAAUUGCAAUGUCAUACAAAUGUUUUUACAUCACAUCUGCUAUUGAAAACAUUGAUAACAAUUCAAGUUUUGAUUGUAAAACCUUAACAUUCGGAUCGGUUAGUAAAAAAUCUGAAAAUUGUAACAUUAAUGUCUCGAUAUAAGACGCUAAAGUUAUAAUUAUAGAAUGGUAACCCCCUACAAUUCAUGGCCUCCGAAGUAACUACAAAAAUGCCUCUGCAGUUAUACAAAAAAAUUAACAAAUUUAACAAAUAUUAAUAAAAGUUCGUGGGAACUGGUGGUAUCACUUUGUAAUACUUAUUUACCUUCAUAACUAUUAGUACUGUUGUGUUAAUUUUGUAAAGCCUGGGCAUAUAUUAUUGUAACAUGACUCAUUGUGUUUCACUUUCUUAGUAUUCCAGCGAUGUUUGUAUGCGAAUGUAAAAUACAUAUUGGCGAAUAAAAUGUAAUAUAUAUACA